CCAUGCAGCGCCAUGAAGAGCUGAAGCUUUUGUUGAAGAAGUGGGAAGCUGAGUUUUUAGAGCAGCAUCAGAGAAAGCCAAACAAGGUCGAUCUUGAUAAUGCUCCAGAGGAAACAAAAGCGCACUAUAAGGAGUAUCGAACCCUAAAGCAUGGGAGAGACAGCGAUGUGAUCAUGGCUACAGUAUCUUUGGAAAAGACUAUAUCAGAACAUGAUGAACAUUUCCAGGUGCCCAGCUCCUGGGGGAACCACUUGAAUCGUUCCUGUACAACCCCUAAGAGUACUCCAAAGUUGACCUUAAACGAACGUGACUCUCUGAAGGCCUCUGCCCAGUAUUUUGGGAUGAAGCUAAAAGCCAAGUUAGGAGGAUCUUUAAAGGAACGGCCACUUUCUAUGAGAAAGUCUUUUACACCAUGUACACAAUCUUCCAUAGAUCCUGGAGAAUGUGGAGCAAAGAAGCAAACUAAACCAAGCUUGCUGCUAAAUGCACCAAAAUCUACCAUAGAGCUUCCUCCAGACACCAACAUAGACCACGUUUCAGUCACACAAAGGCUGCUUAAUAAUAAUCAGAGUUUAUCUGCCACUCCUCAUAAUCAAAAUGCUAAGAAAUUUAAUCACCUUCAAACUAUGGUUGGGCAACGCUUGGCCUCCCUUAAUCCAGACUGGCUCCAGAGAUGUGCGCUCCAUAAGGAAGGGAAAGCGAGAACAGUGGAAGAACAGUUUGUCAUCAUGGGAGGAGCGGACAGGAAAUCAGAGCUGCAUGAAGUGAAGAGCAGCUCAACAACAGAGUUAAUAUCUUCAUAUAUGCAACAGGAACAAUCUGGUUCCUCCAAUAUAAAGACAGAACAAACAUCUUCUUCAGAGAGCACAAUAUCUCCCCUUCAGUGCCUGGUCCCAAGAAACAAGAGUGAAAAGAAUGGAGAGUCCAUGUGUAAGGAAAACUUAUGGUGUUUUCAAAAUGAGGACAACUCCCAACAUAGUUUAUUGCCCUGUGAGGACAAAGCUAUUGGACACGGGACAGUACCAGAACCCAGAGAGCGUAAAUUGGGAGUAAGAACAAGUAUUCCGGCCUCUGAGGAUGGCCCACAAAGUGGAGAAACACGCAUGAGCGAAAUUGAUGCUAUGACUGCAAAGAUUUGUGGUACUAACAGACAGAUGGUCAGCGAGAUCUCUAAAGUGGGAGACUUAUGUGAGGGUAAUAAGGCAGGCGAUGAGAGUUUGAGCCACAUUUGGGAGAAGAAGCAAGAGAUGCCCUCUUUAGAAUGUAGGAAAACCCACCAGGAGGUUAAGAAGGUGGAGCCUAGCAUCAAGGGAAAGAGGAAGAGAAAGAUGGCAACUGAGCUGGGCACUGGGGAAUUGAGCCCAGAUAACUGCAAGAAAAAGCGCAAAACAAAGCCAAUUUCAGAGACUAAAAAAACAUCCCUAUUGACCACGAUGGAUAAAAAAAAUAGAGCCCAUUCAAUGGAGCCAUGUGAAGAAGUCUUGUGUAAAACCACCUCCAAAAGAGACUUGAAAAUGGAAGUAUCUGAGAAUAUCUUGGGAGAUGUGGAGGAGGAGGACCAAAAAAGGAUGGUUCCAAUUGCAAGGAAGAACCGCGGACCAAACCAAGGAACCGCAGGGAACUUUGUCCGCAUCAAUCUGAAGAGAAAAUCCCAUGUGAAAGGUUAUGCGUUGAAUGGGAGCCGUCUGAGAAAGCAGAUGUGGAAACAGAAAUGGCAAAAGAAGGGCGAGCAGUUUGGAGGAGGAGGGCGCCACUUUAACCACAGUGAGGACACUUGUUUCCGCUGCGGAAAAAUGGGGCACUGGUCGUCACAAUGUCCCGGCACAGUUCUUCCGCAGGUUCUGCAGGACUCCGACUCUGAAGAAGCUGACGUUACAUUACCGACCCUGGAAGACGUCGCUAAAAGAACAAACACAUGUUAUACGCCAGAUGUGGCCCCCACAAAUGAUCCAGGUGCUGUAAUGUCUCUAGAUAUAAUAAGACCAGUGUAUGAGCCUCCUGUUCCACCACCUCCAAUGCAGCCAUUGUAUGGAUUGGGAGCAGAUGGGAAGGUACAAGCGACUCCUGCAGAGGUGUACAAUGCUCUUUCUGAGUUAGGUUUCAGCGAUUUCCGUCCAGGACAGGAAGAAGCUGUUAUGAGGAUUCUUUCAGGUCUCUCGUCGCUGGUCAUUUUAUCAACCGGAAUGGGGAAGUCUCUGUGUUACCAGCUGCCAGCUUAUAUGUAUGCCAAGAGGGCUCCUUGUAUCACCCUGGUUAUAUCGCCACUGGUUUCACUUAUGGAUGAUCAGGUGUCCGGUCUUCCCAGCAAGUUAAAGGCUGUCUGUAUUCACUCCAACAUGACGAGAAGUCAGCGUGAUGCUGCCAUUGAGAAGGUAAAGGAAGGACAGGUUCAUGUCCUCCUCCUCUCUCCAGAGGCACUGGUUGGAGGUGGUCAUUCUGGCUCCAGUUGUUUGCCCCCUGCUGACCAAUUACCCCCCGUGGCGUUUGCAUGUAUAGACGAAGCUCAUUGUGUCUCAGAAUGGUCACACAACUUCCGUCCUUGCUACUUGCGACUCUGCAAGGUACUUCGUGAGCGGCUUGGUGUCCAUUGUCUUCUGGGUCUCACUGCCACCGCGACUAGGACUACAGCACAUGAUGUGGCGCAUCAUCUGGGUGUGACUGAGGAUGGAGGAAUCCCUGUACGAAUUGCUGCAGUGCCCUCGAAUCUGCACUUGUCUGUGUCCAUGGAUCGAGAUAAAGACAAGGCCCUUGUCAAUCUGCUAAAGGGAGAGAGAUUUGGAUGCCUGGAUUCCGUCAUUGUUUACUGUACUCGGAGGGAGGAGACUACCCGUAUUUCGGCAUUACUAAGAACCUGUCUCCAGGGGGUGGUGCUGAGCAAAAACCAGUGUAUGGAAAUUGAAGAGGAAGAGAACACCGUGUCUAAGAGAAAGAAAGCACAAGCCAGGAAGAAGAUACGACGGCCUUUGAAAUGGGUGGCUGAUUCGUAUCAUGCUGGUAUGUCGGCUGCUGAGCGACGCCGGGUGCAGAAUAACUUCAUGAGUGGCCAGCUGCGUCUUGUGGUGGCUACAGUGGCCUUUGGGAUGGGACUGGACAAGUCUGAUGUCAGAGGAAUCAUCCACUACAAUAUGCCCAAGAAUUUUGAGAGUUAUGUACAGGAAAUUGGGCGUGCUGGCAGAGACGGCAAGGAGGCUCAGUGCCAUCUCUAUCUAGAUCCUGAGGCCCAAGAUCUAAAUGAACUCCGAAGACAUGUUUAUGGAGAUUCAGUGGAUUAUUUCACUAUCAAAAGACUGGUUCAGAGAGUGUUUCCCUCAUGCAAGUGCCGAGAGCUUCACAGGAAGAGGGAGUCAUUGACACUGGGUUGUGAGGUGGCAGAUAGCGAGAUGCUGGAUAUCCUGGAUAAUUGUGAAAAAAAUCAAGAGCGUGUGUGCAACAGGCAUGAAAGGGCAAUCCCUAUAGAGGACACUGUGCAGGCGUUAGAUGUCCGUGAGGAAGGGAUUGAGACACUGCUUUGCUACCUUGAGCUUCAUACCCACCAUUGGCUGGAGCUUCUUCAUCCCACACUGUCUGCCUGCCGUGUAACCUGCUACAGCGGGCCUCAGCAUCUGCGAAAUGUGGCCAAGAGCUGUCCCCCAGUGGCUGUGGCCCUUGCAAGGGAAAGACUGGCUGGUGUGGAUCACAGUCAUGCUAGCUCCGUUGAGUUUAAUGUUGUGGAACUGGCAGAUUCUAUGGGCUGGGAGAUCAUCCCUGUGAAGAGAGCGUUGCGUGAACUGCAAUGGAGGCGGCAAAUGCAAGAAGGAUUUCGGGGUACUGGGAAAAGUGGAGUACUGGUUGAGUUCAGUAAGCUCUCAUUUCAUUUUCAUUCCUAUGGCGAUCUCACUGACCAAGAAUUAGAGGAAAUAUGUGACUUCCUGUAUCAGAAAGUGUCAUCGAGAGAGAAAGUUGCGCUCUCUCAGCUUAAAUCUUGCUACAACACAUUCCGCAGUGUGGCAUACAGGACAAGCAGUGCAUGCGCAGAGCAAGUCAGUGCAGAGCGUAGCUCUCAGCUCAAGUCUCUGCUUCUGGAAUACUUUGAGAAAAAAGACCCCCUAGACAUGUUUGGAGGUGAUAAUAUCGAAGAGGAGGAGCUAAUUGAUUUAAAGUUGCAGGGUUGGAAAGACCAUGUUUGCUCUGAUGUCCGUCAUUUUCUAUCUAUUCGCCAUGAUGAGCGUUUUUCUGCUAGAGCAAUAGCACGCAUCUUCCACGGAAUAGGCAUCCCCUGCUAUCCUGCUCAGGUGUAUGGAAGAGAUCGACGGUUCUGGAGGAAAUAUAUCCAUCUCGAUUUCAACAAAAUCAUGCAGCUCGCCAAGGAGGAGAUUAUCCAUCAGAAAUUAUAAAACCAGACAUUGUGCAGAGAAUACAUCCACUAAAUGAGAUCUGGGAUGUUUGGGGAGGGGAUCAUGCAUCCACAAGAAAGGUCAUGUGACCUGGUGGGGUAGAGGCAGGUAACAUGGGGAGUGUAAAGAUGGGAGAUCAUGCAUUAACAAAAAGUUCCAUGGACAGGAAACUGUCCACAAAAAGAGACCCAUAAGACAUGGGUGGGGUGUAAGGGCAGGAGAGUCGCAUAACAUGGAGUAUCAUGGAGGGAGGGGGAAUAUUGGGGCGGGAGAGCUGUGUGACAUGGGGCAAGUGUCAAGGUUGGAGUGUCAGGAUGGAAGAACUGUGACACUGAGGAUAUUUAAGGGUAGAAGAGCUGGGUGACAUGGGGAGUGUCGCUGCGGGAGAGCUGGGUGACAUG